AUGACAGUCUACAGGGACUACAAGAAGAUAACGUCGUCCCAUAAGAUGAGCUCGAAGGCGAGGAAAAUCUUCGAGCAAUUUGUCGAAGCUGAAUCUCUGAAAGAGAUAAAUAUCGACUAUCAAACACGGGAGGAAAUCAAGAGGAAAGUGAAGAGUCCGACGCCGCAGUGUUUCGACGAGGCUCAGAAGAUCGUUUAUGGACUAAUGGAACGCGACUCUUACCCCAGAUUUCUACGGUCUGAGAUGUACAAAACCCUUCUUGAGUCCCUUGCUGCAGAUAAUGCUCAAAGAUGACUCUAUGGAUAUAUCACACCAAAGCUAAAACUGGAACGGUCUGGUCUUGUAUGCAGGACCAGAACCCUAAAGCUUGCGCCCCUGCCAUGUGGAUCAGACCCCAAAAGACCUCUCAGACUAGAAGGAGACAAUAUGGAGCAAUGGUUGGGAAUGUGCCAUUGAUAUCAAAGUGCAACAUGUUACUGAAGCGCCAUGAGUGCUUCUUAACUGAGGGUGCUUCCUGUGUAGAUAAGGACGCAGCUCCUACAAGCCCUUCCGGUGGUUUCUGAAGCUACAGUGUGGGCACAACACUAUUUUAUUUUCCUGGCACUUCCAGAGGAUCUUUGAGAACUGCUUUACCAUGUCCUACAAUGACUUUAGUAACGAAACUCUACCUCAGCCAAUUGGUUGAGUUGGUUUGGACACUUUUGUGAGAGGAACUUGACACACCCUAUUUCAACAUCGGUGCCAUAUUGCCACACAGAUGUAUAACAUUAAAGAAAGUGUGACUUUAUUACCUACUCGGGAGAUCAAGUAUACAUUAAAAAAAAAAA